AUUCAUUUCUCUUUAAUUUUGUAUCUAAAAUUGAGCUAACAUAUUUCUAAUAAACCCAAACGAAUAAACUAAUGAGUCUCAAUUAAUUAAUUAGUAAACCCACCUUGUCCUCUUCCAUGAGGUCCUAGAUAAAUAACAUUAGGAAAAAUUCAAAAAGAAAAACAGAAACACACAAGCUUUUAAAUCCCAUUUCUUCCUCUCUCUUUAUUCCUUCUCUUCAGAAAAAUCUGUAGAGAGACAGCCACAUUCUUUCCAUUUGGUGUUCCUCAAAACACGAAAAGCUUUCUUUUAAAAAAAAAGAAAAAAAAUUCUCUUUUAAGGUCACGUUUCUAGAUUUUCUUCCAUUUUGGAAAUGGGAAUCCUUGAUUUUCUAAAGAGAAACUUCAAUUAAAUCCAUAGAAGCUAAUUCAAUCCCAUCAUUCCAAAAAAAAUCCCUUUGUUUCCAAGAAAAAGACCCAUUGUUUCCCAGAUUUCAAGUUAAUACCGUUUUCUUUCUCCUUUUUUUAAUCCCAGAUACCCAGAUCUUCAAAACACCAAAGAAGACCAUGAAAACCAACUCCAAAUUGUUCACAAUCGGGCUAGUAACAGCCUGGUACUCCUCCAACAUUGGUGUAUUGUUGUUAAACAAAUAUUUACUAAGCAAUUAUGGUUUCAAAUACCCCAUCUUCUUAACCAUGUGUCACAUGACAGCUUGUUCAUUGUUAAGCUACAUCGCAAUUGCAUGGAUGAAGAUGGUCCCCAUGCAGACCAUUCGAUCUAAGGUCCAAUUCUUCAAGAUUUCGGCGUUGAGUUUGGUAUUUUGUGUGUCGGUGGUGUUUGGGAAUAUUUCUUUGAGGUUCCUUCCGGUUAGCUUUAAUCAGGCUGUUGGUGCUACGACGCCAUUUUUUACGGCGGUAUUUGCUUACUUGAUGACAUUGAAGAGGGAGGCAUGGCUUACUUAUCUUACCCUUGUUCCUGUUGUUGCUGGGGUUAUCAUUGCCAGUGGGGGUGAACCAAGUUUCCACCUAUUUGGUUUUAUCAUGUGCAUCUCUGCUACGGCUGCAAGGGCUCUUAAGACAGUUUUACAAGGGAUCUUGCUUUCUUCUGAAGGAGAGAAGCUGAAUUCCAUGAACCUCCUCCUCUACAUGGCUCCAAUGGCUGUCGUAUUUCUACUUCCCCCAACGCUUAUUAUGGAAGAAAACGUGGUUGGCAUUACCCUUGCCCUUGCUAGAGAUGACAUCAAGAUCAUUUGGUAUCUAUUAUUCAAUUCAGCACUAGCAUAUUUUGUGAAUUUGACCAACUUUUUGGUCACAAAACACACCAGUGCCCUGACUUUGCAGGUUCUAGGAAAUGCAAAAGGAGCUGUAGCUGUGGUGGUUUCCAUCUUAAUUUUUAGAAAUCCAGUCUCUGUUACCGGAAUGCUUGGUUAUACACUCACAGUCUUUGGCGUAAUACUCUACAGUGAAGCCAAGAAACGAAGCAAAUGAGGCAACAUCCUGGGAUCACAAUACAUACGUGCAAUUUUUCUUAUUUUAUUGCAAGGACAACGGUAAAGCCCAAGAAGCAGUUCUGGUUGUGUAGAAGCCUGUGGUGCCAUGGAUUUGCACUAUAGAUUCAACAUUUUCCCUGUAAGCCUGGAAAAUUAGGUUUUAUAUAUCAUAUAUACAUAGAUAUCUGUCAGAAACAUCAGCUGGAUUAUAUAAAAAAAAAAAAAAUUAGAGAACUCCCAUAAGUCACUGAACGGUCUCUAUCAUUCCCAGCUUGGGGUUGUAAAGGAAUAUCUUCUUUUUCUUUUAAAAGGAAAAGUCUGUAGAAUUGAAUCACAGUCCAUUUGUUAUCAACAUUGCUAAUAUUUUUUAUUAAUUAAUGAAGAAGGAAACACAUUUGUUUGCCA